UAAUGAUGUCCAAUAAGAAAGGGGAAGGGGCAACGAUAGCCAAUGGCAUUUAGGAAGUGCUAAAGAGCAGAUAAACAGUGCAAGGUCUCCCGGAAGGAGUGCAGAGGCUCCUAGGAAAGAAGGUGUGACAGAAAACCCUCCUCUUUGGAAAAAUAUGUGGAAUCCAAACGUUCCAGGGCAACCAGGUGCAGCAUAUCCACCAAAUACAGGAUACCCACCUGCAACUAACCCAGCGUACCCUCCAGGUACAGUGCCUCCUGGUACAUACCCUGGACAACCUGCUUAUCCUUCUGGACAACCAGUUUACCCCCCAGGGCAAACAGUAUACCCUCCUGGACAACCUGCUUAUCCUUCUGGACAACCAGUUUACCCCCCAGGGCAAACAGUAUACCCUCCAGGGCAGCCUGCAUAUCCUGGACCUAAUCCAGUACACCCUGGGCACCAACCUGUUUACCCACCACAUUCUGGACCUGGUAUGCCAGGAUAUCCAGCAAUGCCCGGAGGACCAUUUAUACCUGGCCACCAUAUGGACAAGAAGAUGAAGAAGAAGAUGAAGAAAGCACAUAAAUCCCACAAGCACGCACAUGGAAGGAGAUCAUCAUCAUCAUCUUCCUCUAGCAGUGACUAGUGAUGCAACUAAGCCCCUCUGGCUGAGCUGUUUGUAUGUGUCCCUUUGCAAGACAACAUGAUUGACCUCUUUAAAACAUCAGCAUUUAUUUGCUGCUGCCAAGAAACCAAAGAAUGAUUCUUUAAAUAUUAUUGCAAGACUUCCACAGCAAGAGUGGUGCUACGUACUUCCACAGAUGCACAGUCCUUUUUAUUUUCUUAACCUGCUUCUAACAAAUAAAGAUUUCAUUUACUA